AUGCUUGAAGCUAAAUUCACCGAAGCUGGUUUAUUCAAAAGAAUUAUCGACUCCUUCAGAGACUGUGUCCAAUUGAUCAACUUCAAUUGUUCGGAGAAAGGUAUCGCCGCACAAGCAGUCGAUGACUCGCGUGUGCUUCUAGUCUCGCUCUCCAUCAAAGUGGAGGCCUUUGAAGAAUUCAGAGCCGACAGAAACAUCGUUCUAGGAUGCGAUUUGACUAACCUCAGCAAGAUCCUACGUUGUGGUAACAACUCGGACAACUUGACUCUGAUCGCAGAAGACUCCCCAGAUUCCAUCCUAAUCCUCUUCGAAGACACCAAGAGAGACCGUGUCAGCGAAUACUCGCUGAAAUUGAUGGAAAUCGAAACCGAUUUCUUGGAAAUCUCUGAUAUGAAGUACGAAUCCUACAUCACAAUGCCAUCUGCAGACUUCGCUAAGACAGUACGUGACUUGAGUCAGCUCAGCGACUCCAUCAACAUCUUGGUUACCAAGGACACCAUCAAGUUCGCCGCUGAAGGUGAUAUCGGAAGCGGGUCCAUCGUCAUGAAGCCAUUCACCGAUCUAGACCACCCUCAAAACUCCAUCAAGGUCACCAUCGAAAAGCCAGUCGACUUGAGGUUCGGUGCCAAAUACUUGAACGAUAUCAUCAAGGGCUCCACCCUUUCGGACACAAUUACCAUCAAGUUGUCGGAGGAAGCCCCAGCUUUGUUCCAAUUCGAUAUUUCAAGCGGUAACUUGCAAUUCUACUUGGCUCCAAAGUUCGACGAGGAAGAGUAA